UUCGCGAACGAUAGAUCCCUGAGUGUAGCUCUAGGAAUAGCCGCGUUCAUUGGAACUGUUUCAGUAGCAUGCGCAGUUUUCCUCCUGGGAUUCGUAUUGAUCAAAUGGGGUCGGCAAGGAUGGGAACGUCACUUCCGUCCACUCAGCGUACUUUUUGCCUUCUGGAUUCUAAUGGACAUCGUGCAGGGCACAUCGUAUGCUCUUUCACUCCGAUGGGCCGUUUCAGGGAAAGUAGACAAAGGCGGGAAUUAUUGUGUCGCUCAAGGAGUACUGGAGCAGUUUGGUGAUGCGGGGACGGCCCUUGCGGCAUUCUCCGUCGCCGUACUCGUCGUUGCGUAUUAUCAUCGUGUCGACUGGAUUGUUUCGAACCCAAGGACGGUUUCAUGGUGUUUGAUUAUAUCUAUGGUGAUGAUCUUGGUCAUCCUUAUCGUUCCGCCAGCUAGCGUAAUAUCCCAUUUUUACGGGAACACCGGGCUUUGGUGCUGGAUAGCUCAUAGCAGUCCCACGAACGACAGGCUACAGAUCGGCGCCUGCUAUGCAUUGAUGUGGCUUGCUGCAUUGACAUCGGUCUUUGGGUAUGGCUACGUGCUUAUAGGCACGCUCAUCGGUUGGAAUCCGUCCAAGGUGGUGACCGACAGCGACAUCGUCCUUCCUACAUGGACAUCGAAGGAAGCAUGGGGAAUGUUCUGGUAUUCUCUAGCCUAUUGCAUUGAGGUAGGGCCAAUCAGCAUUAUCCGGUUGGUGCAGUUUGGUUCGCACGGCCCAUGUCCCUCAGUGAAGCCUGGAUGGACGAUAUUUGCAAUCUCCCUCCUUGGUGCAUCAGGCCUUAUCAACACUAUCCUUUGGCUAACAACUAAGCGCGGGUUCGGAUUUUCGACUGAAGAAGAAAGGAGACGAGCCAUUGAGGCAGGACGCCAUUCGUAGUUUCGCCUAUGAAAUUGUGUUUUUGUGUUUGCAACAUAGUACGCUUAUAAUUGAAUUUUAAUGUGUAUCAUUAAGGUUUAAGG